AUGGCUCACAUGGCUGAAAGACGCGUAAGCCGCUCCAGAUCCAGGAGUGCUGCUGUUCAGGAGGUUGGGAGACGUGUCUCUGGUGACCACGACCAGGAACCGCUGCCAAACCAAACCCAGACUCCGAGUCAAGAGCUGCCUGGCUAUAUAGCUCCUCUACCUUCUCAGUUGGCCAUUUCUGUGUCAGCGGAUCAGACUAACAGGAAGAGAGGAAGUGGCAGAGCGGCAGUCAGGGGAGAUCAGCGUCCAUCCACCUCAUGCAGAAGACCUGCCAAAACGCUCUUGCAGAGGUCAGAAUAUGUGAAGGGUUCAUUGCUGGGAAGAGGUGGAUUCGGCUCUGUGUUUGCUGGGACACGAAGAUCUGAUGGACUGCCAGUUGCCAUCAAAUAUGUCUCUAAAGUCACGCCAGAGAGGAGACUGAAAGUUGAAGGACAUGGCCGGCUGCCGCUGGAGGUGGCAUUGAUGACUCUGGUGAAUUCAGCUCCUGCCUGCCCCAAUGUCCUGCAGCUCGUGGAGUGGUUUGACAGUCCCGCUCAAUACAUCAUGAUCCUGGAGCGUCCCGUUCCUUGCCAAGAUCUCCAGAGUUUCUGUGAGGAGAACGGCUACCUGGAUGAGAGCCUGGCAAAGAAAGUGCUGCUGCAGCUCAUCAGCGCGUUGAAACACUGCGAGAGCCGCGGAGUCCUGCACCGGGACGUCAAGCCCCAGAACCUGCUGAUUUCCACGGACUCACAUGAAGUCAAGCUGCUGGACUUUGGCUGUGGAGAUCUAGUAAAGGACUCGGCCUACAGAUGGUUUUCAGGUAUACGCCCUCCUGAAUGGUUCGGUCAGCGUCGCUAUCAUGCAGGACCGGCUACUGUUUGGUCAGUCAGUCGGGUGACUCUCUAUAAAAUCCUGUGCGGGUGGUUGCCCUUCAGAGUCACACGGAGAGUCACCUCCAAAGCAUACUGCGCUUCCUCAAAGCUGUCUACAGAGUGCCGCCAGUUGAUCAGCGCGUGUCUCAGUGCAGCGCGGCAGAUCGGCCCACUUUAG